AUGUCCUUCAACGAACAUCUUCUCUUGAAUUCCUUCUUGUUGGAUUCUAUGAAAAAUUCCAUCAACACCAAUUCCACGCAAGUGUCUUCCUCACCUCCCGUCACCUCUCUCUUUCAAACACCAAGUAUUGUUGUCAUUUCACUCAAUUCACCUCUUGUAUUUGUAUUUGGACUUCUUUUCAUUGCAUCCAUUGUGAGUUAUUUAAUGCAACAUCAAGACAUGAAAAGAAAUCAACAUGUUCUAUUUUUAUUAUUGUUCAUGGUGGAAGGAUUGGUGUGUUUCAAUAUGCUCACUCGAAUUGCCUCAGAAAUUGCCUAUUUACAUCCCAAUCCAUCGGAAGGAUUUGUGGCGAGUGUAGUCAUUAAGAUUUUUGAUCGAUGUUUUGUCAAUCUCACAGUCUAUAUGGAAGUAGUAUUGAUGGCACAUAUUUGUUAUUCCUUCUCUGAAACAUGUCGUGCCAUUAGUGCAUUCACUUCCACCACUUUUUCCCAUAUUAGGAAACUCCUCAUUGCCUUGUUGGGUGUAUUGGGUGUCUUAUUCUUCUUGUUGUGUGCAUUUACAGUCAUCUUUGGAGGGUUCUCUGCAAGUCGUGCAGAAAUUGAUGAAAGUACUUUAUCAUAUCUCAAUUUGGCACUCUUUUUAUGUGCUGCAGCUUUGUUUUUAGGUUCUACUGUUUCCAUUAGCAUAUUUUUAAAUAUUGUGGGACGAAGACUUUCCAACCAUUUGAGACAAUCCAAAGAGAGAAUUAAGGCCAUGUUAAAAGCAACCACUUCAACUUUGAUUUCAAAUCACAACAACAAUACCUCUAACACCACCACUAAUACUAGCACUAAUACUACUAAUACUUCUACUACUACUACGACUAGUCUCGAUCCAUUCAAAGAAAAGAGUAAGGAAAAGAUCAAAACUUACCAAAUUAAGAAAACAGCCUUAAGAAAAUCAUUGACCAUUCAAUAUGGACUCACAGCAUGCAUGAUCUUUCAAUUCUUUGGAUUCAUUUUCAUUCCAGCCUCAUUGGGAUGGAUCUAUUUGAUGAAUUUCUUUCAUUUCUGUUACAAUAUUGGUUUGGUGGGUUUCAUUGUACUCAUUUUGUGUAUUUACAAUCCAAUGAGACAAGUUCAGAGAUUAUUCCGACAAGAUUCCGAUCCAAAAGCAAUGGCAGUCAUGAUGAAUUCAUCACAAACAUGUUCUUCAUCCUUAAGUGGUAGUACUAGUUUAAAUCAUAGAAGUAGUGGAAGUGCUGCUGCUGUUGGUUCAUCAAUCUCCUCCAAACAUGCCUCUAAAAUGUUUGAUUCACAUUUCACUCUUCAAGGAAAGAACGAAUUGAAUGUUGUUGCUGGAUGGGAAUUGAAUGACUCGUCGACUUCAAAUAUUUCCACAUGUUCCUAUUCGAAUCAAAAAGAGGUCGAUUUGGAAAUGAAUGGAACAGUGUCAUCAUCGCCUUCAGAGAAUACGAGUGGCAAUACAUUGACAUCACCUGCAACCACCGUUGUUGUUGUUGGAGACUCUCAGAUCGUAUAA